GCAAUACGGAUGGCCCUAGUCGUGGAAACAUUAGACCUCGUUUUGUCCAUUUAGAGUCGGAUGAGGAGCCGCAAGUGCCUCGAUCCCGACUGCCCUGGGAGUUUCUUGUCUCGUCAUCGUGUCAUACGUUGUGCGAUCGUCGGACGCGGAAUGCAGUCGAAACUGGGCUACCCGGUCUUUGAUGACAGUCUUCCCCAGCUUUGAUAGCCUUUCUCGUACAAUCCAGCGGUCGUCGUCUUGCCUCUUUCGGGUCUACUUGCAACGCUUCGGCGCUGCCAGCCCUGUUGAAGCAUUCGCUUCCCUCUGACGGGCCCCGUGGGCCCAGCCUGCGUUUGUAUGGUAUCUCGUUUGUGCUAUAUGUAUCACCCGUGCGUCGCGCGUUCGUCUAAACACAAUUUCUCUCUCCACUCUGGCGGACCCGCUGCCCUAUGGCCUACUGGGACGCCUACAACUCUGAUGACUCCGGCUCGGAUAGUGCCUCAGAAUCUUCGUCGAAUAGCUCAUUUGAGGAUGAGGACGAAGUCAAUGCUCGCUGCUGUCCUAACUGGGACCUUCAUCGCGGUCCUCUCCUCCGUCACGGCUUUCAUCUAGACACCGUUAAGGAUGUCAAGCAGUUCUACGAGCGUUAUUGGAGCUCUAGUGGAAUGAAGACACAACCCGUGGCAGAGUAUUCACGAGCUUGCUCGUCUGAUGACGAGGAUGCGUUGUGCAAAGACCCUGGCCUGCCCGACAACCUCUUUCGCGGACAUCGAGUGUCGGACGGGACGAGGAUCGUAGUGAAAGCUGUCCAUAUUCGAAGUCGAGAGCUCGCUGUAACACGGCUGUUGUCCACUCCCCCUUUGCGCGACGAUCCUAUGAACCACUGCAUACCCGUGCUUGACUUGGUCGAAGUUCCGGAGUGUCAUAUCGCUUUCAUAGUGAUGGAGGAAUGGUCAUCGCAGCUGAUUCCGGAUACACCUUGCUGUUUGCGGCUUUUCCUUGGCGCGUUGCGUUCAUGUAUUGAGCACACUGCUUUCAUGCACAUGCACGACAUCUGCCACCUCGACAUUUCUUUGAGAAACCUGGUGACCGAUUAUAAGUGCCACUAUGCCUCUAUCGACUUCGAGCUUUCGAGAUGUUAUGACGGAAUUCGACAUCCGAGGAUUCGUAGUGCUCGAGGGACAGAAGUUCCACCAGAGCUGGAACGUGGGGAGUGGAGUGAUCCAUUCAAGGUGGACAUUUACGCACUGGGUGUUCUCAUACUCAAAGCAUGUGAUUUGACUGGAUACCUCGUUCAGGAGCUGAUUCUCUUGACGGCACCUAUGCUAUAUGAAGAUUAUACCCAACGACCAACGGCAGCUGCUGUUCUGAAGAGGUUUGACGGUCUUGUUGCAGCCAUGGACGAUGCUAGGCUCGAAGAAUGUUCAUCACUUGUCUAAGUUACUCUCACCUAGUUCUC